AUGCUUCCCAUCCCCAACCCCGAGGACUACGACGUCUCCCUUGAGAAUGGAUUCCUGCCUACCACCCCACCGCUCGAGCGUCUUCCAGAUUCCUACUAUGAACCGUGGGAGCAUGUGGUGAAAAAUCUGCAGGGUCUGAUAUUGAGCAAGAGGUUACGAGAGGUGGUGGAUCGGUUACCGGUACUGUCAACAGAUCGAUUGUUCGGCGAGGCGCAAUGGCGGAGGGCAUACAGUGCGCUCGGCUUCAUCGCGCAUGCAUACAUCUGGGGAGGUAACAAGCCUGCUGAGAGGGUACCACCACCGAUCACCGUCCCAUUCCGCAAGACCUGCGAGCAUCUCGAACUACCAAUGGUCGCCACAUACUCUGGCCUCUGCCUGUGGAACUGGAAACCAAUAUUUGAGUCGGAACCAGUCGACACUCUAGCCAACCUCGACAUCAUCGACACCUUCACUGGCUCCCUCGAUGAGAAAUGGUUCUACCUCAUCAGCGUAGCCAUCGAAGCCAAGGGCGGACCUUUGGUCCCUCUAAUGCUCCACGCCAUCGAAUCAGCCAACCACGGUAAUCGAGCAGCCGUUACGCACUUCCUCCGCGCCUUCGCUGAGCGGUUAGACGAUAUUGGCACCACCCUCCUCCGCAUGUACGACGACUGCGACCCCCACAUCUUCUACAACCGCAUCAGACCUUUCCUCGCCGGCAGCAAGAACAUGAGCGAUGCCGGACUGCCUAACGGCGUCGUCUUCGACGAUGGCGGGCCGAUGAACAAGCAACGCUACGUCCAGUUCAGCGGAGGCAGCAACGCUCAGUCCAGCAUCAUCCAAUUCUUCGAUCUGGUCUUGAGCGUCGACCACCGCCCUACCGGCGAGAAGAAGGCCGACGUCGACGAAAGGUCGGAAAAGCGCAAGCCCAAGAAGCCCGAGCCGAACUUCAUCCACGAGAUGCGGAAAUACAUGCCUGGCCCACACGCUCGCUUCCUCGAGAAGGUCGGCCAGGUGGCCAAUAUCCGCGACUUUGUCCAACGCCAUAGCUACGACCGCGAGCUGAGCGUAGCGUUCGACGCUUCGCUGGCGAUGCUCAGCGCUCUCAGGGACAAGCACAUCCAGAUGGUGAGCCGGUACAUCAUCGUGCAAAAGGCCGCGGCGAAAAAGCUCGAGGAGAGCAAACCCAAGGACGAUAAGGCGCUCGCUCAUCGCCCCAAGCGCGACUCUUCUUCCGCCGAAAAGCCAGAGGAGAACCGCAAACUCGUCGGCACAGGCGGAUCGUCGCUUAUCCCCUUCUUACGACAGGCGAGGAAUGAGGUCGGGGAGGUGGCGACGGAGAGCUGGACGAGACGAUUAUUGAGCAAGCAGCGCGGUGGGAAGGGCGAGCCUCCGGGCGGUGAGCAGGAGAAGAUGCAGGGCUUGUCGGCGGUGUGGAAUGUCGAUGAGACUUCGGGAGGGCUGUGUUUAUAUUGA